AUGACUCCCGGAAUUCGAGAAGGAUUAAUCCUGUCACUCGUUUCCUCACUUCAAAUGGCUGAGCAAUCAGCGCUGAACGCUCUCUCGAAUGGCUUGGAUAUGAAAGAAUUGGCUGCUGCUGGAGCCGCUUUUCCGUUUGGAAAAUUAACGACUACCUUAUUGAUGGUUGUACGGCCAUCAUCCGAUCCUCGAUCAGCUCUCGUCAUCGAUGCUUUGUUGCUCAUUUUGGCGGCUGUUAUCGGCUUAGUGCCAAGCUGGUUUUUCCUCUCGAUCGCUCGUUUCUUCAUGGGCGCCGGGGCGGGUCUUGGAUUUGUUUGCGCGCCGGUGCUGCUCGCUGAGUUGGUUCCCUACCGUCAUCGUCCGGCUCAUUUCCUCGUCCUUGGCUUGGCUUUCUGUUUCUCGACUCUAAUCUCGAACAUUCUACCAGUUAUCAAAUCCGAUGCCUAUCUUGUUGUAUUGGCUUGUUGUGUAUUCAGUGCGACUACAGGUGGCCUCUAUUUAUGGUUGCGACCGGGUCCACGCAAUGAUCUCCUUUUAUCGGAAGAAGAGAAACAAGGUUUUGAUGGAUAUCUACAAAAUAGUCGACAAAGCAAGCGACCGAUUGCCCUUACGAAUGUCUUGAUGUUGUUGAAUGUGACAAUCGGCGUCCCAGUGAUCCUCGCGUUUUCCCUUCUCAUUUUCAAGGAAUUCGGUGCCUCGGAAACGUCAUGCUUUUGGUUGGGAAUCGGUUUCCCGUUGUGUCAAAUGGUUCUUCUUUCAUUCCUCCAUCAAUACAAUGCACUGAACCGCCGUCUUCUCGUUGUCGGUGGCUAUGCCCUAUCGGUUUUCAUUCAAUUCUUCCUCCUCCUAACCAGUGCCUAUGAUCUAUUACCACCCGAUCAAAAGACGGCUUUCCUGUGCUUCUGGCUGUUUGCUCUCGCCGUCUCGACGUGUGUCCCGUGUAACACGGCGCUUUGUGUUAUUGCAGAGCAAUUCGCCGCUCCAUCGGAACGAUUGAGGUACGGGAGUGCGGGGAGGGCGUUGAUGUGGCUGGGGACGACGAUCAGCACAUCAACCUUCAUGGGCUGUGUCAAGGAAUACGGUUUCACAUGGGCUUUCUUUCCCUAUGUCUUUCUCUCAGCGAUUCUGUUGCUCAUUUUGGUUUUCUUAUAUCCAAAAGAUGAC